AAUGACAACAUAACCUCAUUUUUAGUGAUAUUCGAUUACACUGCUGUGUCAUUUUCAAUAUUCAAAUCAAAAAAAUAAGUGGAAAAUGGCUUCGGCCCCAUUCAAAUUAAGUUCCACUUUACUGGGACAUUCAAAUGAUGUACGUGCCGUAGCUGUAACCAGUGAUAAUGGAAUUGUUAGUGCAUCGCGUGAUAAAACUGCUAAAUAUUGGCUACCAAACGGACUAAUAAAUUGUGCAUACUCGGAGGUGGUUACAUUUAAAGGUCAUAGACACUUUGUGUCUUCGGUAACUGUACUACCACCAAGUCAACGGUAUCCUUUGGGGGUGAUUGUCACAGGUGGAAACGAUCAUAUUAUUUGUUUAUUUUCUGUUGACAAUCCUUUGCCAAUUGGAAAAUUAGAAGGACACACGGAUACUGUAUGUAAUUUAUCAGCCGGAUUGAAUUCAGACGUUCUAUUAAGUUCAUCAUGGGAUAAAACAGCUAAACUUUGGAAUGUUAGUACGAAUUCUUGUGAAACAACUUUUGAAGGGCAUCAGGCAGCUGUUUGGGCUGUAAUUCAAUUGAAUAAUGGGAACGUUGUUACUGGGGGAGCUGACAAAAAUAUUAUUAUAUGGGACAAAAGUGGAUCUCAGUUGCAAACUUUAACGGGGCAUACAGAUUGUGUUCGAGGUCUUGCAGUUUUGAAUUCGGAAAUAUUUCUAAGUGUUGCGAAUGAUGCUUCUAUUAAACAGUGGACGAUCCUUGGAGAUUGUGUCAAUACUUUUUACGGGCAUACUAACUAUAUUUACAGUGUUUGUAUUGAUAAAAGUGUAAAUAAUGGCAGUUUUAUAACAUCAGGUGAAGAUAGUACAAUUAGAUAUUGGCAAGGGGGUGAAAAUACACAAACAAUUAGUUUACCCGCACAAUCUGUGUGGUCUGUUGCAUGUCUCUCGAACGGAGAUAUUGUAGCAGGCACUAGUGAGGGGGUGGUUCGAGUAUUUACACAAGAUCCAGAACGUUUUGCUGAUGAAGCAGCAUUAAAAACUUUUGAAAAUGAAGUAAACGCUGCUGCAGCUGCUUCUAACCAAGAAAUUGGAGGUGUUAAAGUAUCUGACUUACCUGGACGGGAAGUAUUGUACGAACCUGGAAAAAAUGAAGGACAAACAAAGUUAAUACGCGAUGGAACCGUUGUCCAGUGUUACAGUUGGUCAGCAUCUGAAGGCAAGUGGAAUAAAGUUGGUGAUGUUUUAGGAUCGUCUGGUGGAUCUCAAGCAACUUCGGGCAAAACUUUAUACGAGGGAAAGGAAUAUGAUUUCGUGUUCUCAGUCGAUAUUGAAGAUGGAAAACCUCCAUUAAAAUUACCAUACAACUUAACUGAAGAUCCAUGGCAUGCUGCACAAACAUUUAUCCAUAAAAAUAAUUUAUCACAGAUGUUUUUGGAUCAAGUUGCUAAUUUUAUCAUUAAAAACAGUGGAGUUGGAGCACUUAGUAUGGCAGCACCUACACCAGGAUAUGAAGAUCCAUUUACUGGUGGAUCACGCUAUGUGCCAGGUUCAAAUACUCAAUCAUCAAUGGACUCCGGUGGAAAUGCUGAUCCAUUUACGGGUGGCAGUAGUUAUACAACCAGUACAUUAGCGACUAAUCGUCCAAAAGUUGAAGAUAUUCCACCAUUUACCCCACAAACAUCAUAUUUACGAUUUGAUGUUGCAAAUUUACCUGCGAUACUUAAAAAGAUCAAGGAAUUUAAUACAAAAACUGGUGAUGGUAUACAACGUGUAGAUGAAAAUUCAUUGGAUGAUAUUAUUAAAUUAGCCGAUGAAGGUCGAGUCGAUCAACAUACAAUUGAUGUACUUUUUAAAUUAUUAGAAUGGCCACACGAUAUUGUAUUUCCGGUCUUAGAUAUUUUACGUUUAGCAAUACGCCACCAAUCGAUUAAUACAUUAAUAUGCUCAAAAGAAUUAAGUCCAAAACUAAUAAAAUUAUUAGAGACAUUCAUUAAUCAGAAUAAUACAAUUAAAACCAAUCAAAUGUUAGCGUUACGAGUACUCACAAAUAUGUUUAAUCAUGAAACGGGUGAAGCCCUAGCCUUACAAAAUCAACAACAAUUUUUAUCGACUGUAUCAAAUUUUCAAACUGAUGAUUCCAAAACACAGGUUGCCUUAGCCACAGUGAUCCUCAAUUAUUGCGUUGCGUUCCAAAAACAUAACGAUCUAAAAGGAUUGGAAUCAAUUACAAAUGCUGUACUCUCCUUAAUACCAAACUUAACAGAUAAUGAGGCAUAUUUUCGUUUAUUAGUUGCAGCCGGUACAAUAAUUUAUUCAAAUCAAUCCAUAAAACCAUUAAUACAACGAUUGAAUGCUAAUCAACAAUUUAAAUUAAAAGUUAAUAAUAUUUGUCAAUUAAAUAAUAAAACUGGUUCUGAUGUAUUUAAAUUAACUAUAUGCGCAAAACAGAUAAAUAAUGCUUUAUCGGAAUCGAUUUAA